GACGUUACAGGACCAAUCAAUUUCCUUAUGCUUAUUGUUAUGCGCUUAUGCAAAAGUGUGUGCUCCCCGCUUAACUGUUUUGAUACUUCAAUUUAUUAGUGGACGAAAAAAGAAAAAGAGUGACAAAAGUGAAUAUGAUUAUUUAAUAUUCAAAUAUGUUUCGAGAUAUCUUAGGAAAAAUAAUGUUCAGCACAGAAAGGAAUUAUUUGAAACUCGUAAGGGGAGCCAGAAUUUUACAUUUAGACAGUGGAAAGUUUAUACCUCAAAAGCCUAAACUUAAAACAUUACCGAUUUUUCAAUAUCCAAUAAGUCAAGAAGAUACUCGUAGAGUUUAUGUAUGGGGUCUUGCAGAACAUGGAGCUCUUGGAGAAGUAAAAGUAUUGCAAAAAAAUACAAUUUCAUAUCUCUCAAAGCCAAACAGAUUACAGUUUGCUGAACAAUACAAAGUAACAGAUAUUGCUUGUGGAUACGGUUUUACAGUUUAUGCUGUACAUUCUUCAGAUAAAAAUAUUGUUUAUGGAACUGGAAUAAAUACAGAUUCACAACUUGGUUUUAAUGAAACUGACAAGAGAUUUCCUAAUAAUAUGGUGUUUGUUCCAAGACCAAUAAAUUUGCCAUUACUAAAAGAGAAUGCUUCGACAAAAGUUAUAGGCAUGGCUGCUGGAAGAGCACAUUUAUUAAUAUUAACAACAGAAGGUUUGUUCACAUUAGGCAAUAAUGCAUAUGGUCAAUGUGGUAGGCCAAUUAUAUUGAAUGAAAAUUACGAGAAAAAUAAGGUUGUUCAUCAUAUACCUAAUAUUAAAGGACAUAAAAUUACUGCAGUGACAGCUGGUCAAGAUCACAGCAUACUCUUGACAGAGAUAGGUGAGGUAUAUACAUUUGGCUGGGGUGCCGAUGGACAAACAGGUCUUGCGCAUUAUCGAAAUGAACAUCGCCCAAGUUUAGUUAAAGGUGAUCUGGCAGGACAGCGUAUAAUCAAAGUUGCUUGUAUUGCUGAUUGUGUGUUAGCUCUUAGUGAUAAAGGGAAAGUCUAUGGGUGGGGUAAUUCAGAGUACGGACAAUUACCAAUCAAAGAAGAUAGUUGUCAAGUAAAUAUUGCUACAGAAUUAGAUAUACUUCAAGAAUUAGGACAUAUUACAGACAUUGCAACAGGUGGAUGUUUUUGCAUGAUUUUAAAUAAUACUGGUAAUGUCUAUGUAUGGGGAUAUGGUAUACUUGGUCUUGGUCCUCAAGUGCAGAAAAUAUUAAAACCAACUAUGAUUCCUCCUACAUUAUUUGGCAAUAAUGUAUAUAAUCGUGAUAUCAAGAUAGCAAAAAUAUAUUGUGGAAUUAGUCAAUUAGCAGCACUAACCAACUCAGGAGAUUUAUACAUGUGGGGUAACAAUAAAUUUGGAUCAUUGGGAUUAGGACAUAUAAAGGAUCAAUUUUUUCCUUUGAGGGUAGCAGUAGGGGCUCAAGUGAAAAAAAUUGCCUGUGGAGUGGAUCAUACAGUGACUCUUUGUAAACCUUUCAUUUAAAAAUGCAGCAUUUCUUCAUUACGUCAAUUUAUUUAUGUAAACAAAUUUAUAUAUAAUUUCUUGUUUUAACAUAUUUACUUUCAUCAAUAUACAUGCGCACGCGCGUGCGCGCACACACACACACACAUAUACAAAUAAUACAAUAAUUACAAAAUGUUUCAUGAACUUGUUAUAAAAAAGUAAUAAAAUAUAUGUGAUAUGAUUUACAAUUAA